GUUUUAUUAGCCUGUUAUUCGUAAACGAAAGGGGCUACAAACCCAAAAUGACCAAAAGUCAUCAAUAGUCCGCGUCCAGUCACAGACGAUGUGCAUGGCCUGCUGUACACAAUCUCAUCAAAACGUGUUGUCUAGAUUCUGAAAGGGGCUGGCCGAGACAGAGGGAAAGGUGAGCGUUUCGAACGGGAUGGAUCCGACAUUUAAGAUGAUCUAAAAUAUAACAUUUUCCAAUGAUGAAUCUUAGAGGAUUAUUUCAAGAUUUCAAUCCAAGCAAGUUCCUCAUUUACGCAUGCCUGUUGCUGUUCUCUGUGCUGCUGUCUCUGCGGUUGGAUGGGGUGAUCCAGUGGAGUUAUUGGGCGGUAUUCACGCCCAUCUGGCUUUGGAAGCUGAUGGUCAUCAUUGGUGCAUCUGUUGGCACGGGAGUCUGGGCCCACAACCCUCAGUACAGGGCAGAGGGGGAGACGUGUGUGGAGUUCAAGGCCAUGCUGAUAGCUGUGGGGAUCCACCUUCUGCUGCUGAUAUUCGAGGUGCUGGUGUGCCACCGCAUCGAGAGGGGCUCCCACUUCUGGCUGCUGGUCUUCAUGCCCCUGUUCUUCGUCUCCCCCGUCUCCGUGGCUGCGUGCGUCUGGGGCUUUAGGCACGAUCGCUCUCUGGAGCUCGAAAUUCUGUGCUCUGUGAACAUCCUUCAGUUCAUUUUCAUCGCCCUUCGGCUGGAUAAGAUCAUUAACUGGCCCUGGCUGGUGGUGUGUGUGCCACUGUGGAUCCUCAUGUCCUUCCUCUGCCUGGUGGUUCUGUACUACAUCGUUUGGUCUGUGCUCUUCCUCCGCUCCAUGGAUGUCAUAGCUGAACAGCGACGCACCCACAUCACCAUGGCGAUCAGCUGGAUGACCAUCGUUGUGCCCUUGCUCACGUUUGAGAUCCUCCUGGUGCACAAGUUGGAUGGCCACAACAGCUUCAGCUAUGUCCCAGUGUUUGUGCCUCUGUGGCUGUCCCUUGUCACCUUAAUGGUAACAACCUUUGGCCAGAAAGGAGGCAACCACUGGUGGUUUGGCAUCCGCAAGGAUUUCUGCCAGUUCCUGCUUGAGCUGUUCCCCUUCCUGCGGGAGUACGGCAAUAUCUCAUACGACUUGCAUCACGAGGACCCUGAAGUGUCUGAAGAGCUGCCAGCUCCAGAACCGCCCAAGAUAGCCCCGAUGUUCCACAAGAAGACAGGGGUGGUGAUCACACAGAGCCCAGGGAAGUACUUUGUGCCCCCUCCCAAACUGUCUAUCGACAUGCCUGACUAGAGACCUGAGUGUGUCGCCAAAAACUGUGUUUCUCACAAGGGGGACAGGGAGAGCAUGAAACCUGUCCGUCUGACUUUACCUGUCUGGCAGAAGUUCAAGGAGAUGGGAGAUUGUCCAGGGGACAAGUCAAGUGCCAGUGUGAUGAAAACACAAAAUGGCCAAAUUAUCACCUAAGAUCCCCUUUGUUCACAUAUUUCUUUUUGAACAGGAGGAUGGCUGUUUUACCAGUAUUAUUAUUUUCACUUUCAGAAGACAUGCUGGCAACUUUUAGCUUGUUUAUCUUCCACCUGAUUUGUCAACACUGCGUUGUGGCUGUGUUUGGGUGGGUGGGGGGGGGGUGCCUGGUUUACUUCAUACAGCCAAAUUUGGCUAGUUGGAAAUAGGCAUGUUUUUCUCUGUUUGCACAUUCCUCCCGUACAUAUAUUGUGCAGCAAAGAAGGUCUGCAAGGGUAAUGCAAAGUCUGUUCCCAUUACUCACCAUUACUGCUUUAUGAAAAUUGAGCGGUAUGUAUGGCUGACAAGUUUCCCACCUAAGCAUGACUUGAGUUCUGCGACCAAAAUGAUUUGAGCUUACUUAACUGCACUUACAUCAGGAACUUCAAAUGGCAAAUAUGUGUGAUUCCACUGCUGCUGAGAAUUCCUGAGGCUGAGUCACUUACUAUGGCAUCACAAAAAUACCUGUGAGAAGUGAAUGCCAGGGAUGUAGCCAUAACAUAGUCAUUUCUUUUCCUUGAGUUUUCAUGUUUUGUCUUCAAGCUGCCUUCCACACAAACACAUGCAAGAACUGGCAGAAUGAGGAGCAACUGACAGUACUGGAAGGGAUCCAGGAAGAGAGAUAUUGGCUGGAAUGGAACAAAAAUACUAUUUUAGUUUUGAGCGGUUCUGAGCUACCAUGGUAUGGGCUAAGUGUGCUUAUAUUAGAGAACAUAGCUGUGCUGUUCCUGAAUGCUGGUCUUGAUACUGACGUUGUUGUGGGAGGCUGGGCACUUUUCAGAAAGUAUCUGCUGGAAAAUAUGAAACAUCCGCUUAGCUGAUGUUUGGUGGUGGAUGUUCGGUGGUGGCUGUUCGGAUUGGCUUCCUUGUAUUGAAGAAUCGGAACAGUUGCUUGACUUUAGUAAAAUCUGUGAUGUUGCUAUGGAUGGAUGACAGAGGGACGGAUCUUUGCAGAUUUACAAUAAUACUCUGACUGAGGAAAAUAGUCUCAAAGGACGCAUCACAUUGUGAAACAGUUGAUCUGCUACCAUAAAAGGUAGGCGCCAUCAUCUGUGAAAGUGGCAAUGUAUGCAGGUCCUUCCCUUUCCCCCUUUUCAUCCAGCUGAUGACUGAUAGUUACUGUUUAAUUGAUACAAUUCUAGAAUGUUCCUUUUCUAACACUUGCUUUCCCUAUGAACCCUAACUGGCAUCAUUCAACCAGUACUUUUACCGGUUUGGCAGUUCACUGUUUAAAUUCUGUUUAAAUUUCAGUUGUAUUUCAUGUCCCUGCUUGGCUGCAAUCCCAGAAUAACUGAAGUCUGGAAUGUGUUUUAAGGGCACCUAGCGCUGUGCUCCAAAAAGCACUCUGGGAUUUUGCUGCUGUUAUGUAAUAUUUUCACUUCAUUUUUAUCUUUUAAUUUUAAACAUUCUGGGGAAAUAAUCUAAGAAUUUGCUUGUUAACACCCAGAAAAGUGUUUUAACUGACUGAAAGUGGCACAUGCCCAGGUUAAUGAGUCUUGUGAGACAGAAUAGUGAUAUCGUAUGUAUUAUCACCCGUGCUUUCUCCCUGGGUUUUCCUUCCCAGAACACCCUUCAGGUGCUGUGGAACUUCCAUGUAGCAAUCCCUUUAUUUUAGUCUCUUUGGGAAGGCAGGGCAUGAACUACAUGUAGCAGUGCCCAAGACAGACCAGUAGGUGGCAAUAUCACCUUUUCAAGCUUUUGAGGACCAGCGAGAAUGACAGCCUACAAAUCUGUAUGACAUAAACUAUUGUACUGUGUCUGGAGCUGGAAGGCCAUUUAAAUAGUUCCGACAUAAAACCCACGGGCAGUGGCACUCAAGCGUCAAGCUGAGGAAAGUGCAACCGCUGUAUCUGUUCUGUUUUUUUUUUUCUCUUCUUCAACUGUUGAAAUAUUUAACAGUUUUGCUAUCUCCAUUCAGCCAAGAAAAAUCUUAAAGGGCUGUGUCAGAUUGUUUGCUUUGUCUUUUUAUCCAAAAUUCUCAAUGGAAGUUUUCUGAAAUAACGUCUUGGAAACUAAUCAUUUUGCUGUGUCUUAAAAAACGUGAAAGACUUAAGGACAACCUUUUCCCUAGAGGACAAUUCUUCAGCCUUACAUUUUAUAGUAACAGUCAAAGAUUCACUGUAACUGCCGCUACGUAAUAACUACUCACUGCUCUUCCCUGACCUUGUGAUUUACCAUGUAUCACUCUGUGUAAAGCACUCCUCCUUCCUUCUCAAAUACGCUUUCUAAUACCUUAUUUAGUAUUUAGUUCCCCCAGAUGUUGCUCCUAGGUCCAUUGGUUGUCAUGGUAAUCGAUGGCAUAAUUCGCCCUCUUUUUCUUUUUUUUUAACUAGAUUUAUGUCUUUGGGAUCUGGCAACCACAGUUGUUGUGCAUCCUGGAACCGAGUCUCUGUUUCUGUUGUGUAACAGUUUAGUGUGAUGUUCUCUUAAGUGCACAUCCGCUCUCAGCUGGCCUGAGAGGUACCUGACAAGUACUGAUGUUCUUUUUUUAUUAUUAUUUUGGUUGGACCAAUGUUAUUGUGCUAUUGACAAGUCUUUUGAAGUCUUGAAUGCAAUAUAUGUGUAUUAAUUUCAAAAUCCAGAUAAGGAAUGUAACUAUUACUGUAAUUGUUUGGUUAUAAACUUAUAACAAUAAAAUACACUGUUGAAAACGUA